UUCACUUCUGCAGAAGCGCCCGCCGAACUGCAGUGACUGCUUUUCUUGUGCGACACCUCUGGAGCUCUACAAGUACGAUGUCCUUAAUGUGACUUGGAGGGAAGAUGACUGUGGUCCUCCUGAUUACUACCGCAUGUACGCCGUUCCCGGGUUGAUAUCCUUCAUGAUAGCUACUCUCCUAGUCAACAUCGCCUACCGAAAGCGCUGGUACAUCAGGUACUUCCUUCUAUACCUAAAGGUAACCAUCAAGGGGUACAGGAGGCAAAGACACAUCGGCAGCUUCUUAUGGGAUGGUUUUCUCUCAUACCACGGCUCAGACACCGACUGGGUUCGGGACGUACUCCUGCAAAAGCUCGAGUCGCCACCGAUGCAGUUUCGGCUAUGCGUCGCCGAGCGCGACUUCAUUCCGGGCAUGGAAAUCACCGAGAACAUUUGCCGAGCUAUCGCACAGAGCCGCACGUCACUGUUCGUGAUAAGUCGCGAGUUCUACCGCAGCCGCUGGUGCAUGUUCGAGGUUAGCCUGGCGCAGCAUCGCCUUUUUGAAAGCGACCGGCAAGAUGGCAUGGUGUUCAUCAAGAAGGACGAUGUGGACGAGUCUGAGAUGAGCACCUUGCUCCAGUAUCUCCUAAAGUCGCGAACGUACGUCCAGAUCCCACCGGAUGGAUCAAGUGAGACGCUGAACAACCUCUUCUGGCUGCAGUUGCAAGCGGCGCUGGAGAAGUAAAUACAAAUAUCUAGGAGAAUAUUCAAUUGAACAACCUUUCAGUGAAGUUUGUAGCCAGAAUUACCAGUGAAAUGUCCAGUAUGGCAUUCCUGCCGCAUAGCAAGCCCAUGUCUGGGCUGUUCUGCAUGAAACCCUAUUGCACACUCAAAAGGUUCCCCGCGGCGACAGAUCAUAUGAAAGGAAGGA